GAGCCGGCCGAUAGGUUAUCUGACGGGACGGCGGAACAAUGAUAUUACAACGUACGCGUGGAUGAGUUGUAUUAAACAUUUCGAACGGUUAAGAGGAGAAAAAAUGACGGCGACUACAGCUGGAAAGGAACGUGGAUGGCGUUAACGGACAGGGUUACGCGGGGACAACAGCUGGGCGUGUGAUAAGACCGGGACCGGUAGACCUUCGCACCGGCGAAACCUUUCACGUGUUAGUUCGCGAUUUGACUGGCAGAGCGUAUCGCUCGAGGGCACCCACUACGCGUCUAGCCACGUUGUUGCGCCGCCGCCGCCGUGUCGUCGUCACUUGAAUGUUGUCGGUGCGCUCACGCCACAAGGCGCGGGCCGCGGUGGUAGUGGGGUUCCGUCCCGCCAACACGCGCACCGUUUAAAUACGUCCAAUCCAUCCCCGGUGCACGUCAAUCCACGUCCGUACGCUCCGGAACCUGCCUUCAAAAAUGUGUGGAAUUUUUGCUUAUCUCAAUCAUUUAACACCCAAAUCUAGAGAAGAGAUAAUAGUUCUUCUUGUAAAUGGUCUCAAGAGAUUAGAAUAUAGAGGAUAUGAUUCAGCUGGUAUUGCUUUCGAUGGACCUGAUGGUAAGGAUAUAAUGAUAGUGAAGAAAGAGGGAAAAGUUGUUGCCCUUGAAGAUGAAUUACUUUCUUUGAAAGAUCAGCUUGAUUAUGAAGAAAUCCAAAACAGUCACGUUGGUAUUGCACAUACACGUUGGGCUACUCAUGGUGUUCCCAGCAGUGUUAAUUCACAUCCUCAACGAUCGGACAAAGAACAAGUAUUUUGUGUGGUCCAUAACGGAAUAGUAACUAAUUAUAAAGAAGUAAAAGCAUUUUUGGAACGCAAAGGAUAUUAUUUUGAAUCAGAAACUGACACUGAAGCUAUUGUAAAACUUGUACAUCAUAUUUACACACAACACCCAAAUUUAUUAUUUAGAGAAUUAGUCGAACAAGCCAUUCAGCAAUUAGAAGGGGCAUUUGCAUUGUGUUUCAAAAGCAAACUGUUUCCCGAUGAAUGCGUUGCAACUAGAAGAGGAAGUCCACUUCUUGUCGGUAUUAAGUCCGACACUCGGUUGGCCACUGAUCACAUUCCAAUCCUCUAUAGCAAAGAUUCGAUAGACGGAGAGUCUUUUUCAUUAACAGAACAUCGUUACAUUCGUGGCGACAAAAUGUCUAUUCCUAUUCCAUUGCCUCGUCAAGAGAGUACAUCUGAAUUCCAUCCACUAGGAGACAAAGAAGAAGUUGAGUAUUUCUUUGCAUCAGAUGCUAGUGCUAUUAUAGAACACACAAAUCAAGUUAUUUACUUGGAGGAUGAUGAUGUUGCUGCUGUUAGAGAUGGACGGCUAACUAUUCAUAGAAUGCGCAUGUCUACGGAUGAUCCUCAUGCCAGAGAGAUCACUACUCUUAAAAUGGAAAUUCAACAAAUUAUGAAAGGCAAUUUUAGUUCAUUCAUGCAGAAAGAAAUAUUUGAACAGCCAGAGUCUGUAGUGACAACAAUGAGAGGCAGAGUUAAUUUUGAAAAUCAGACUGUAGUUCUUGGUGGUAUCAAAGAUUACAUUCCAGAAAUAAAACGAUGCCGUCGAUUAAUGAUGAUAGGUUGUGGUACAAGUUUUCAUAGCGCUUUAGCGACACGUCAACUGUUAGAAGAACUUACUGAACUACCUGUUAUGGUUGAAUUGGCUUCUGAUUUUUUGGACCGUUACACACCAGUGUUCAGAGAUGAUGUUUGUUUCUUUUUGUCACAAUCUGGAGAGACUGCUGAUUCUCUUUUGGCUUUGAGAUAUUGUAAACAACGAGGAGCUUUAAUUGUAGGUGUCACAAACACAGUAGGAAGUUCCAUCAGUCGUGAAUCUCAUUGUGGUAUCCAUAUUAAUGCUGGACCAGAAAUUGGUGUUGCUUCCACAAAAGCUUACACCUCACAAUUUAUUUCACUUGUGAUGUUUGGAUUAGUUAUGUCUGAAGAUAGAAUAUCCAUGCAACCUAGAAGAAAUGAGAUCAUCAGAGGUUUAGAGAAUAUAGCCGAUCAAAUUCGUGAAGUAUUGGCAGCUGAUAAAAAAGUGAUGAAAUUAGCUGAAUGUUUAUAUCAAAAAAAAUCAUUAUUAGUCAUGGGAAGGGGUUAUAACUAUGCUACAUGUUUGGAAGGAGCAUUGAAAAUUAAAGAACUUACAUAUCUCCACAGUGAAGGCAUUUUAGCCGGUGAAUUAAAACAUGGACCACUAGCUCUAAUUGACAGACAGAUGCCAAUUAUCAUGAUACUCACUAGAGAUCCAGUGUAUAAAAAAUGUACUAAUGCAUUGCAACAAGUCACUGCCCGUGAAGGACGCCCAAUUGUUAUUUGUGAAAAAGAUGAUGUUGAUACUAAACACUUAGCUUGGCAAACCAUUGAUGUUCCACACACUGUUGAUUGCUUACAGGGAUUGCUGACUGUGAUACCGAUGCAACUAUUGUCUUAUCAUAUCGCAGUAAUGCGUGGCUGCAAUGUUGAUUGUCCCAGGAAUUUGGCCAAAUCAGUGACCGUCGAGUAA